UGACGUCAGGGGACACAGUGGCCGGUGGAGUGUGAACUUAACGAGUUGUGUUGAUUAAAACAGUACAAUACACAGUCAGAAUCCAUUAUGCAAGUGAACGAGGAAAGGUGUCAAAAAUUAUUAUGGACUGUAUAAUUAUUACUCUUUAAAUCUCUAUUUCUGUUGAAGUGUAAGAUCGAAGCGUAGAACUGCAUCUGUCUGGACGCCAUAUUGCAUUUUGAAUGACUGAAAAAUGGCGAAAAAGACGUACGAUCUUCUUUUCAAGCUACUUCUAAUCGGAGAUUCCGGUGUCGGAAAGACUUGUCUUCUGUUUAGAUUUUCAGAUGAUGCUUUUAAUACAACGUUUAUUUCAACAAUAGGUAUAGAUUUUAAAAUUAAAACUGUAGAAUUGGGUGGCAAAAAGAUAAAACUUCAAAUAUGGGAUACCGCAGGACAGGAGCGCUUCCACACAAUCACCACAUCCUACUACCGCGGAGCCAUGGGAAUUAUGCUGGUCUAUGACAUCACAAAUGCCAAGACUUUCGAAAACAUAUCCAAAUGGCUGAGGAAUAUAGAUGAGCAUGCCAAUGAAGAUGUAGAGAAGAUGAUCCUGGGUAACAAGUGUGACAUGGAAGACAAGAGACAGGUGUCCAAGGACCGGGGUGAUGCUAUUGCUAGAGAACACCACAUACCUUUCUUAGAGACCAGUGCCAAGGCUAAUAUAAAUGUUGAGAGAGGUUUCAUGGAUUUAGCACAAGCAAUUUUAAAUAAGACACCUGGCCGAGACACAGAACCCAGCAGAGGAGUGGACAUGAAAUCACAUGAAUCUAGUAGUAAACGAUGUUGUUAAGACUUAAACAAAUAUGAACCAUGAACUUUCUGUUAUCUAUAAUAUAUCUCGGCACCUUGCUCAUGUUGUGGACUUAGUUGUACGUCUGCAAAAUUCCAGUCUUGGUGCUAGAAUCUUAAAAAGUCUGAUGCCUGCUCGUUGAAAGAUUAUUAAUAUUUUCGGCAUCAGGGGUUGUAAUCAAGAUGUCAUAUAAGCAGUCUAAUGUUUUGGGGAUCAUUAAGAAACGGUGUUCCAGAUUUUUCCUUUCGGACAGGAGUGCCCGAGCAUCACUGUGACGAGUCCACAAAGAACGGUUCUUCUUCAAGUCGUAAACAUCACAGCUGUUAAUCCACCAUGGAUCCAUCUUUAACAGUCGCGGAUCAAGAGAGUUUGUGUGUGUGUAUAUAUAUGUAUAUGUAUGGAGAAUCAACAUUAGGGAACCAGUUUCAUCGAUUAAUUAUUGCUACGGCUUGCAGUGUCUCCUUUAAUCUUUUUGUCCUCUGACCCGAGUACAUUGUACCAUACCGCUGGUUCUGCGUCGUUCUGUGUUUCCACAGUCUAUGGCCAACAUCCCUUUUCUCUUAGAAAAAUUCACACAUGUUCAUCAAUUCUGUUAGUAGUUAAAAUGUCUUCUUUUCUGUUUGGAAUGGCAGUGUUUUACUUUUGGUGUACACUAUUUUUAAGUGAGCUUGUUAGUAAUGUUAUGCAUAACGUCAUUACAUCAAUAUUGUGAAUGAGUAAUGCUGGCUUAAUAAAAUGAAUGACUAGUUUUGUCACUGCGUGAAUGUGUUCAGCUUGUGUGAUCUCUGGUAUACAGUGCCGUUCUCUCCACAGUUAAAUGGACAAGAUGUCAAGAUAAACCAUUUGCUUAGAUACUGCAUUUUGUUGCCAGUAACAGGUUUGAAAAGCCAAUGGACAAGAUGUCAAGAUAAACCAUUUGCUUAGAUACUGCAUUUUGUUGCCAGUAACAGGUUUGAAAAGCCAAUGGACAAGAUGUCAAGAUAAACCAUUUGCUUAGAUACUGCAUUUUGUUGCCAGUAACAAGUUUGAAAAGCCAAUGGACAAGAUGUCAAGAUAAACCAUUUGCUUAGAUACUGCAUUUUGUUGCCAGUAACAGGUUUGAAAAGCCAAAAAUAUAACGCAAUUCUGAACAGCUCGAUAUCCAUUCAUCUUUACAUAAUUACACAAACACUGAAUAAUUUGGGAGAAUGCAUUAAAAGUAUUUAUAGAAAUGAGAGAGUUGCAGAUAAAGAAGUAAUGUUUUAGAAAGAAAAUUAUGAAAGUGAAGCAAGAAUCAUUUAUACAAUGAAGUACUUAUUAUUUGGAAAAGAAAAGGCCUAAACAGAUUAAACAUGGAAAAAAAAAAAAUUGAAGUGAGGGUUGUAACUUCAGUGAAGUGUAAUUAUAUAUAAGAUCUUUUAUUUAUUUAAAAAAAAAAAAAGCAGAGAGGAGCAUGGGAAUGAACAAGAUUCAGCAUUUUAUAUUUACUAAUAGGUACACACAUUUCCCAAUCUUAGCAGCAAGUAGUAUGUAAACAUGACUCGAGCAUAUAUCUUGCUUUUGCAAUGGCCUUAGUAAUACUAACGGAUGUCUUGUACAUUUGCUUUUGCAAUGUACGCUAGAAAUCUUGCAUGUCUUAAUGAGUAACUGACAGGUUUGGCUUACCCCCCAUUAAUAAGAAGACAUUUUUUUUUGAUCUCAAUGGUUUUUUUUAAAUGAGUCCAAAAUUGGUAGCUUUGAAUGUCUGGAUUUCAUACCACGCAUAACAAUAAUAGGCCCUGUUUCUUCAGUACCUCAUCAGUCGUGCCACUGCUCUUUAGCAUAGUGCAAGUGUUGUUCACAAAAUAUAUACUGUUGGUAUGUUAUAUAAUACUGUACAUGUCACAGCCUACGUGAUAGCUUAAACAUUUAAAUAUUAUUUUCACUUUGUAAUAUUGCUAUAAAUAAAAUAACCUUGUAAUUUGUGCUAAAUUUUGUUUUAUUUUUGUUUUGGUAUACAACACAAAAUAAACGACUGUCCCUUGGUAUUUUUUUUGCCUUUGUAGUUGAAUAUGGUACACAAUUAUUAUUAUACUAGACUAAGGGGUGCAGAAAUGAAAAUAUCUGACUACCGUAUACACAAAUAUUUUCGUGGCUAAAAUAAUUGGCGACGGGCUUUCAUUUUACAUUUUCGCGAGGAAUUAUUUUCACGACUGUUCCCCGAUAAUGAAAUCAAAAUUACCCAUAUUUCAUUUGUCAAACUCUUUUCAAUGACUAUUUCAUGCACACACUUGGACAUGUUACCAUGCUGUCAGCGAGAUGUCAAUGUUGUAUGUAUGUCUGAUAAGACAUGUUAUUGAUGGAACAUGCACAUGCGAUACAGAAAAUUGAAAAACGCAAAUAUCAGAAGAAAUAACUUUUAGUUAUUGGUGGUAACCAAAAACUUCUAUUCAAGGUUAAACAAAAAACAAACAAAACUCAGAUUACGUAACAACAGACUUGCCCACAACUCUGUCACUUCGAUUCAAAUCCACGUGACCAGGCAGGUUUACAGAAUCACAUGACCUUGUGGACCUCUGACUGCUUGAUUCUGAUAUGGGUUGGGCGUGUAGAGAUAAGAUUAUAUAUUAUAUGGUAAAUAAUAAUAUACCAAAUCAGAAAUAAGUUUGUGUGUAAUUAAAUUUGCGGUGCUAUCAACAUGUUUGUGAUUUUCACAGUAUAUUUUAUUCGUGAACAUAUUUGCGUAUACGGUAAUUCCAGAACCAGUACGGUAUUGGCCAAAAUUUACUGGUCUGCUAGAAUUUCUACAGCACUGAUCAUGUUAUUUAAUUUUAUUGUAAUACACAAAAACUUAAAUAAUCAUCCAUUGAAAACACAAAAUGUUGAGAUCUUUUGUUCAUUUUAUAAUAUUAACUUAAAAUGGGUGAAAUGAAGAGUAAUAAAGGUUGUCCAUGGCGCUAGUAAGUGUUUGUUUUUUUAAUUCAUCCGUCAGAUUUUUAAAUCGCAUUGGUGAGUGAACUGGUACUUUCUGCACCCUUAUACUAAGGACCCUACAUAGAAGCAGAAACAGCUGGUGGGAGGGGGUUGUUUUUUCAGGAAGAUUGUAGAUUUUGAGCUCAAUAAGUAGACAUUACCAGUAAUAUCGGAGUAUCGCAAGUGAAAUUUGUUUUUACAAAACUUGUUAAGAUUACCAAACGUUAAUUUGAGAAAGACUGUUUUAUGUUUAUAACUUUAUGUACAUGCAUAUAUCACUUGUUUAUAUCAAUUACAUAACAGGAUUUAAUCAAUUUUAGGAUAACCACCAUGCAUAUAACCUUCCUUGCACAGUAAAUAAAAAAGCAAUUACGUGAAAACUUCAAUUUUUUUCAGUUUUUGACUUUAGAAAUGCAGGAGUUGAAUUUUAAUUUUGGAGGGACAUGGCAAGUGUUACAUUCAUUUAAAUAACAGAAAUUAGGGCAAUUUGGAGGGGGGAUGCCAGGACAAACUUUUCCUUCACAAGAGAGGCACAAAGGCAACUUACUUUCUAUCAAAUUUUUUAGGACAAAAAAUUAUUUUAAACUGGUGCCUUGGGCUCUAGCCUAUGCAAUUUGUUGGAAAUGGAUGCCUUGUAUCACAUUACCAAUUAUAGUUUUCUGUCUUACAUGUACAACAUUGAAUCUGUGGGAAGGGCACUGUGGCAAAACAGGUAAGGAACCAUGGCAUUUGUCUUGCCAUAAACAACUUAUAAUAGUCAUUGUCAUGAUAUAAUUUGAAUCUUGCAUAUGUUGUAAAAACAGUUUUCUAUUGCAUGUACUAGUAAGAAACCACAAACUGGUUGGAGAUGAUAUACAGGUACAUAGUAGAAAAAAAUUCCAAUUGCAAAUAAUAGAGGAUUGUAUGCAAUAAGUAUGGAAUUGUAAAAUGUCCUAGUUUGUACCAGGUAUAAAGAAUGUUGACCAAUGACAGAAGUUGUUUUUCUCAAACAUUGAAUUCUAAUCUUACUAUUCACUCCAAUGCAAGACAUGAAUGUUCUAAAUCGCAGGAAUCCCCAACAAUAACGUCAGGUAUGUUAUAGUAACAUUAUAUAUGUAGCUAUAGUAUUUGUAUUGGGGGUUUCUGUUUUGGGGUACCUGUGUUCUAAAUCAGCUGUUAUUAGAUUGAGUGUCCUUGAACCGUAUCCUGUGUUUACGUGUGAGGAUAGGGCUAGAUCUUACUUUGUUUUAAAGGGACUGUACUGAGUUUGCUGCCAUUCUAAGGAGAUUAAACAUAGCUGUUUUAACAACUAAAAUUACAAAUUAAAUACAUUUUCUUGUUUAUAAUGUCCAGUAUCUGUAUAUAUUCAGUAUUUCUGGACAUCUUACUGUUUAUAAUAGCUAAAACUUCAUUUUACUUUGUAAUAUUUUUUCCCCCGUACAUUUGAAGUUAUUGGGUGGUAAAAUCUGGUAUUGAAUUCUAGAAACAUUCAGGUGAACACAAACACCUUGUAUAUACACCAGGGUUCCUAGAAUUUUCUAAAUAUCCACUAGUCAUGGGAUUGGUGAUUUUCAAAAUCCACCAACCAUGGUUAAAAAUCUACUGUAUAAUACACAAACAUUGAGAGAAAAAUUUACGAAACCUGUUUUACUUAAAUACUGGUAUUUAAGCAUAGUAAAUGUAUGCGGCUACACCUGUCUAAGUCUAAAACAGGCUUUGUAAAUUCGGCCCUGAUAUUCUAAACAAAAAUAUGCAUUUCAUAUGUAAUUUUAGUGAUUAAGAAUGCUCAUUCAGUCAGAAACAUGUUAUAACAAUAGCAAACCCAGGUUGUCUGGUUCUGACAAGUACUGGUUCUAAAAUACACAUAUUUCCUUAAAUCUGAUAUUACAAUGUACAAUAAAUGUGUAAGUUUUAAAAGCUGUGGUGCUGUUAAGCUUAAACAAUUGCUGGUUGUUGAAGAUGUGCAUCAUUUCGAUAGCCAACACUGGCAGAUAUUUUGCUUUAUAUUUGCUUUAUAAUAGUGUAAAAGAGUAAAUAUAAAAGUGUUCCCCCACUUUUUGGCACCUUCCUACGCCACUGGCCAAUACUUUAUUUAUCAACAGACAACAACAAAUUUUGAUCUAACUUUGUUAAAGUAAUUAAUCUUCUCGUCGAAGGAACUGAAUGGCAAAAAAAACAAAAACAUUUUAAUGAGAGAACAUCAUGUAUUUCAAAAACAUUGUUCAGGGUAAAGUUCAUGUUCCAGUUAAACUUAAGAGAGUUGUCCAAUAUGUCAUCUGAAAACUGUGUUAUGAAACUGUUGUGCUAAUACUUUUAUGUUGUGUCAUACUUCACUGAAAACAGAUUUUCUUGUCACCUGUCCUUUGUUUUAUUCAUGUUUUGAAGCAUAAUAAAGAUUCAUAGGUAGCUGGAAAAACUUCAUAAAACAACUGUUAUUAGUGUUUAUUGCCCUUGUUGUGUUGAAACAUUUCACACUUUUUUGUUUGUUUAUAAUUAUUGUACAGACCUUUUGCAGCAAUAACUUUUACAGUUUGGAAACAAUUAAGAUAAAAAUAAUAGAAAAAUGGUCUCUCUUUUGUUUUGUUUUGUUUAAUUUAAUUGAUAUGAUUUUAAAUAAUGUGAAAACCAAUAUGUAUAUGAAUAACACUAUUACUAAUGUUUUGGAGAAUAAAUGUCUUUAAACAAAACAAACUUUAAUUUGAAAGUUAGUGUGUAUAGUCAUAACUUCAUUGCAUACAAACAUGACCAAUUUUCAGUGGUAAAAGAUGCCAUGUUAUCAUUUGGUAGAUGCAGCCUAUGUAAAGUAUUGGCUUUUCUCUGUCACUACCUAAUAACCAUGAUACACAUCAACAAAUUGCCAAAGUUUAAAACAUACAAACAUGACCAAUUUUCAGUGGUAAAAGAUGCCAUGUUAUCAUUUGGUAGAUGCAGCCUAUGUAAAGUAUUGGCUUUUCUCUGUCACUACCUAAUAACCGUGAUACACAUCAACAAAUUGCCAAAGUUUGAAACAUACAAACAUGACCAAUUUUCAGUGGUAAAAGAUGCCAUGUUAUCAUUUGGUAGAUGCAGCCUAUGUAAAGUAUUGGCUUUUCUCUGUCACUACCUAAUAACCGUGAUACACAUCAACAAAUUGCCAAAGUUCGAAACAUGCUCAGAUAUCAUUAGACUUUCCUUUCCCAUUUCUGAUGAUCAGUAACAGUACAAGCAUAUGUUUGGUUUAUAGAAAAACAAAUAACCAUUAAAAGAAUUGCUUGACCACUAUUUGAUAUCUGUUGGAUUUGUAGUAAUACCACCAAGAAUAUGGGGGUGGGGGUAAUAAUCCAAAGCUUUGAAAAUGAAUUUCCAUGUAGGUAAACAAAAUAAAAUUGCUGCCUAUUCUGGAUUAUCAGUUAGUAUAUUAAUAGUACAAGAUGUAUCUUCUGUAUUCACCAAACAAAAUAUUUAAAAAAAAUUGUUAAUGUUUCAGAUUAUUAUACUUUUUUCUUUCUUUUUUAAUUUAAUAGAAAAUGAAAAUAAUUUUAUUUUGAUAGAUUUUGUGUCGGUGAGAAUAUUUUUUUUAAAGUUUUAACAAAAAGUACAGUUUUGGGGAUUUUAUGUGUUGAAUGAAGAGUUCUCUCUUCUUAUUUUGUGCUUCCACUUCAUUUUGCUCCUUGUUUGUUUUCUAGUUUUUGUUACUAAUGAUAAGCACCAAACUCUUUUUGGAAGCUAUAACUAUGCUGUUUUUUUAUUGGUUAUUGCUGUUUAAAAUCUUUUUAUUAUGGCUAUUUCAUACAGUGUUAUUGAAAAUUUAUUUAAUGUGUAUUUUUAAAAUUAUUUAUUUAUAUUAACGACUCCUUUACAAAACUUCAGGAUAUAGAUAAUAUCAGAGUAGCAGAUUGAUACUGUUAUCUUACAAAUUAUUUUAGACGUAUCUAAUGAGCGAAAUCGAGUCGGAUACAUUUUUAAACAAGUUGUAAUAUAAAUGGUAUCUAAUGGACAGGAGUGUAGUAUUCUAUUUCUUACAUCGUCUCAAAAAUCAGAUUUAAAAUAAUUUUAAAGUGUUUUCCAACUAAACAUUAUUUACUGUACUUAAACUAGCAGUUAUCUUAUUUAUGAUAGAAAUUGGUUUGGAUGGUGUUAAUUUCAUUGGAUGCUUUGACAUCUUGGUCAUCACUAUGGAGCAGCCAAUCACAUGUCUAUAAAUUGAUCUCUAACAUAGAAUAUCUUGGUGGUGUACCACAAAUUCUCACACAAUGUUUUCUCCAACAGAUGUGUCAAAAGACUUUCAAACAUUUCACCCAUAAUUUACUCUUCACAUAUUUUUUAUUCACUUGAAUCCUGAAGGGGCAUGGAUAACUACUCUGUUAAUUCUAAAAGGAACUGUACAGUUUGUGAUAAAUAGUUUCUAGUCAAAGGAAUGCAGGAGCAAGCUAACAGUAACAGAAAGCUUCAUCUGUACAAACUGUGUUAUUAAACCCACUUUUUCACUGCAUUUUAUUAUCCAAUUUGAUAGGCAUUUUUUGUACUUAGUGGUUUCACUGUUUAAAAGCUAUGAGGAAAUAUUAUUGGGAGUGUACCAUCAUUUCUUCUAUUUGGAUAUCCAUGACACUAAAAUUAGCUGUUGGUGAUUUUUGAGGGUCAUAGAAACUUGAUGUAGAUAUUUCUGGUCAUAAUGUGCAAGUUAUUUGUAAUCAACAUGCUAUAAAUAUAUAGGGUUAGCACGGAUCUUGAAAAGUUCUUGAAUUGUCAUUCAUGGUGCUUAUAAGGUUGUUAAAUUUUGUAAAUAUGCAUUUUAUGCUUAGAAAGUGCUUAAACUGCAGAAACAUCCCAAAAUUUUGAAAAGAAGGUUUAACAGCAACAAUAAGUUCAACACUAUUUUUUGAAGAAAGACAUACUUUUUUUUUUUUCAAAAAUGUUUUUUAAAAUAUGAUUGGACCAAGUGUCGAUUUAUGGAUAUUUGUUUGUAAACGUAAGUGGCUGUGUACAUUUAUGAUCUGUAGUAUGUAAUAUAGUAAUAUUAUAGCAGAACAAUGUAGUUCUAGAAAACAACAGAAAUGUGCUUUUUAAAAAUUUAGUUUACAUAAACCCUGUAUGACUUGAACGCUGUAAUUGUAUUAAGAGACAAGUGUUCAUAUUACAGUGGCGCAGUAACAGUAUAGUUUAAGCCUCUGCUUGGUGGAUACAGGAGGGGGACGGGAUAUAUAUACACACACACACACACCUUUUUUACAGAAAUUAGCUACUCAUUUUGAUGUAUUUGUUCCUGUUAUAGGAUGGUAAUGCACAUGAUAUUCAGGGUUUGGAUUGGGUGAUUACAGCACAGAGGUAAAGCUGAUGUGCAAUGGGUUUCAGGAUUGUUUGCCCUCUGUGGACUUUUCUCCCAGUCUCAACCAGUGCUCCAGGACUGGUACAUCAAAGGCCAUGGUAUGUACUACACUGUAUGGAAUGUGCAUAUAAAAGGUCUCUUUCUGCUUUAUCAGAUUUUUUUGUUCUGUGUUGUCGUUAACCAUCUAUUCUAUUCUAUUCUAUUCUUUAUCAUUAGACAUAGGGGUUUUUGGUGGCAGCAGGUUUCUUCUCUUUGUGUCUCAAAUAAGCAUAUGUUAGACACCAAAUGGCUGUAGUUUAAAAAUAUGAUGAGGUGUCGUUAAACAAAUACCCGGUAGGAACUUCCUUUACUUUCAGGGCUUGGCACCCUAAACAUUUUACACCCACACCUUUUUCAAAAUCCUGUAUCCACACCUGAAUAUUUUUGUAGUGUUUCUGCUUGGUAUUUGCUAGUUUGUUGCUGGAUUAAAUAGUAAAUACUGUAUAACACUACUGACUAGAUUGAAUUAUUCUUCUAUCGCUCUAUCUCCAGUAUAUGUUCUGACCAAAAUGAAAUGUAAAAUUGUCUGCUACUUUGAGACCAUUAACAACCAAAUGUGGGCAAUCAAUAAAACAUACUCUUUGUAAUUACAUUGUAGAGGAAAAUGGUCUUGUAUUGCUGUACUAUUUUAUUUUAUUCUUUGAUAUAGAGAUUUUUCUUUUCUUUCUUUUUUGCUCAAUUAGAGGUUUAUAGCAUUACAUGUAUUCUUGAUCGUUUUCCAUUUUUGAUAAAGCGAGUUGUAUAAUCUUUAAAUUUCCAUCCAACUAUCUCAUUUAGCUUCUUCUUUUUUUUUACCGUUUGCACCAUUUGUCUACAGGCUGUUCAAAAAUUAAUUUUUUAGCAUUGUUUGUAUUGCUAUAUUAUGGCCACUCCCUCUAAAAUUAUAUAACACCUGUCAAUACCUGUCAUGAUAUAAUUUGAUCAGUUUAAUUGGAUUUAUUAUUUGUAUUUAUUUUUGAUUGAUUUGAUAAUAAAUACAUGUAAUUGAUAGAAAAUCAUCUGUUUAAGAACAAAAUAGCCAUGACUGGCUGCAUUUUACUUUAUAAAUAAGAAUGAGAUGAUACUUUUUACUCUGGACAAACACUCUCUCCCUCCCCUAUAAUGUUUACUAAACACUGAGGGCCAAAUUUACUAAGCCUGUUUCUUUCUUAACCGCAGGUGUUUAAGCAUUGUAAAUGUAUGUAGUUACAUGCGUGCCACACUUAAACAGACUAUGUCAAUUUGGCCCCUUGUGUUUUAGGGUGGGGGCUUUUUGUGCACAUUUCAAAGUGUGCUAGAGUGAUGGCUCUUUAAGAAUUAUAUGAAUUACAUCUUAUAUUUGCAAGUGCAAUAUUUUAGAAAUUUGCAUGAUAGUGUGUAUAUUGGAGCUAUUCAUAUGGCAUUGUGUUGUUGCGGAAACAUUUUAAAUAAAACGACAAAACAUUUCUGUAAAAAUAUUCUAGUUAAAAUAUCCUCCACCAGACCAUAUACCCUGUAUAUUUUAGCAAUUCAAAUUAAAUAUUUUGUACAAUAAUGAUAACUUAUUAAUUAAUCUCUGUAAUGAAAAGUAAAGUUUUUGGAUGUACAAUUUGUGAUGAUUUUUUUUUUUGUGUGUGUGUAUAUGCUAUGUAUUUAUUAUUUUUAAUACUGUAUUACUAUUUUGCAAAACAAAUGUUUUUGUUAGUACUUAAAACAUGUGAAUAUCCCUUCAUAAAAAAUAAAGGCAUAAAUCUAAAUAUUUUUGAUUGAUGAAAUAGAUUUUAGAAAAGACUGCAAUAACAUAACCCGUUUUCAGCUACCAGUGGUUGUUUGUAGGGAGAGCAACUUGUGCACACAUGAUGGGCAGAGCAUUUACAUGUUGAAUUAGUAUGUACAUAGCUUAUAUCGCAACUGUUUGAAGUAUUGAAUAAAUAAAAGAAAAUGCUUACAAUACAUGAUUGAUAUUUUUAUUGUAUUUUUCACAACAUUUUCCUAAAUUUUUUCAUGUUUCAUUUGCAAUGAAAUCCAUGUAUUGUGAAAAUAAAAUGUGGAUACAUU